AUGACUAAAAAGUUUGAAUUUAACUGGCGAAUCGAAGUUCCUGAACUUCUGCGAAAUGGAUCGACUUUUGAUCGCUGGUUCGAGGAUAAAGAAAGCACCGAGUUCGAGCCGAGUUGUCUAUUCAAAGUCGACGAGUAUGGAUUUUUCAUAUAUUGGAAAAGUGAGGGAAAGGAUGGAGACGUUAUAGAACUAGCUCAAGUGAGCGACAUACGUUACGGCGGAACACCAAAGGAUCCAAAGUUGUGCAACAAAUUAAGCAAACAUGGGACCACUGAACAAUUGGAUGAAAAAAGUUUGACUAUCUGCUCGGGUGUUGAUUAUACGAAUAUUAACUAUCAACAUGUCGUUUGUGCCGACACACAGACUGCCAAGGAUUGGCAAGCUGGCUUACGGUUGAUUACGCAUAAUACUAAAGCCAGUAAUGUUUGCCCUACUAUUCAGUUGAUGAAGCAUUGGAUGAGAUUGAGCUUUUCGGUGGAUCCGAAAGGAAAAGUACCGGUGAAAGUGAUAUCGAAAACUUUUGCAUCGGGAAAAACGGAAAAAUUGGUAUAUCAGGGAUUGGCUGAUUUAGGACUGCCCAGUGGAAAGGGUGACAAAAUCGAACCGGAGGCUUUCACUUUUGAUAAAUUUUAUACACUUUAUCAUAAAAUCUGUCCCAGAAACGAUAUAGAGGAACUCUUUCAAUCUAUAACCAAAGGAAAAUCAGAUUCGAUAAAUCUCGAGCAACUGAUACAAUUUAUGAACGAAAAACAAAGGGAUCCAAGACUUAAUGAAAUUUUAUAUCCGCUGUACGACGACAAGAGAUGCGUCGAGAUCAUUAACGAUUAUGAGCCAGACGAAAAGGCAAAGAGCGAAAAGAGGUUAACCAAGGAUGGCUUCACUCGUUAUUUAAUGUCAGACGAGAACGCGCCAGUAUUUCUGGAUAAACUUGAGGAGUGGAUGGACAUGGAUCAGCCACUAGCUCAUUACUACAUUAAUUCAAGUCACAACACUUACCUCAGUGGCCGACAGAUUGGUGGAAAAAGUACAGUGGAAAUGUAUCGUCAAGUCUUACUGGCUGGUUGUAGAUGCGUGGAAUUGGAUUGUUGGGAUGGCAAAGGAGAAGAUGAAGAACCUAUAAUUACUCACGGAAAAGCCAUGUGCACUGAUAUCCUCUUCAAGGACGUUAUUUACGCACUACGUGAUACUGCAUUUGUCACUUCAGAUUAUCCCAUAAUUCUCAGCUUUGAAAAUCACUGUUGCCUCAAACAGCAAUACAAAUUGGCGAAAUACUGCGACGAAAUCCUUGGCGACUUGUUACUCAAGGAACCCCUUAAGGACUACCCUUUGGAGCCAGGAAAUCCUUUACCACCGCCGAGCGCAUUGAAACGUAAAAUCCUCAUAAAGAAUAAGAGGCUUAAACCGGAAGUUGAAAAGGUCGAACUGGAACUUUUCCGCUCAGGUCAAUUUGAAGCUAAAGAUGAGGUCGUUGAGGAUCCAAGUGCACCAGCAGGAGCACCUCCACCGGAACCACCUAAAGAGGAAGUUCCGGCAGAAGGAGCUCCUGCUGCUGGCGCUGAGGGGGGUGCCGAAGGGGAAGCUCCACCAAUUCCACAUACCGGAAGUACGAUGGCCUGUCAUCCUUGGUUGUCAUCGAUGAUCAACUACGCUCAGCCAAUUAAAUUCCAAAGUUUUGAAACAGCCGAGAAAAAGAAUAUCCAUCAUAACAUGUCCUCCUUUUCGGAAACUGCUGCGUUGAAUUACCUGAAGACGUCUUCGGUGGAAUUUGUGAAUUAUAAUAAACGACAAAUGAGUCGUAUAUAUCCAAAGGGUACCAGAGCCGAUUCCUCGAACUACAUGCCACAGGUAUUUUGGAACGCGGGUUGCCAAAUGGUUGCUUUAAACUUUCAAACACCGGAUUUGCCAAUGCAAUUAAAUCAAGGAAAAUUCGAAUAUAAUGGAACAACUGGAUACUUGCUCAAGCCAGACUUUAUGAGACGACCUGAUCGAAGUUUCGAUCCAUUUGCUGAAGGAGUGGACGGCGUAAUCACAGCACAGUGUUCAGUACAGGUAAUUGCCGGGCAGUUCCUGUCGGAUAAGAAGGUCGGAACGUUCGUGGAAGUGGAUAUGUACGGUCUUCCUGCAGACACCAUAAAGAAGGAGUUCAGGACGAGAAUGGUUCCUGCGAAUGGACUCAAUCCCGUUUACAACGAGGAACCCUUCCUUUUCCGAAAGGUCGUCCUUCCCGAUUUGGCCGUCCUCAGAAUCGGCGUUUACGAAGAAAGUGGAAAGCUUCUUGGACAACGCAUCUUACCUCUAGAUGGUCUUCAGGCUGGAUACAGACAUAUCUCCUUGAAAACAGAAGCAAAUUUUCCAAUGGCACUGCCCAUGCUUUUCUGUAAUAUUGAACUCAAGAUUUACGUACCCGAUGGAUUUGAAGAUUUCAUGGCGAUGCUUUCGGAUCCGGGUGCUUUUAGUAAAGGAGCUGAGAAAAGGGAUGAGGCAAUGAAAGGUCUGGGAAUUGAGCAAACAGAUACAAAGGCGGAAGCAAAGAAGAAAAAAGAAGAGGAAGCAAAGAAAGAGGAAUUCAAGCUAGAACCAGUGACAGUGGAUUUUUUGAGGAAGGACAAAGGUUUCUCGAAAACUGGCAAAAAACAGCAAAAGGAACUCGAUACCAUGAGGAAGAAACAUUUGAAAGAAAGACAAACCAUGCAGAAAAAUCACUGUACGGCCAUUGAUAAGUUAACCAAAGGAAAAGACAAAGGGGCUCUAGCGCAAGACGCCAAUGUAAAAAAGGUUAUAAAUGAGCAGACGUCCCAAUGGUCUGCCAUGAUGGAACGUCAAAGAAAAGAGGAAUGGGAAUUGCUAAAGACUCAUAUACAAAAUUCUCGGGAAGAAAUGAAGAAGCUUAUUGAAGUAGUGCAGGCAACGCAGAACAAGCAAUUACAGGCAAAGCAGGAUAAGGAUAUUAAGGAUAUGAAUGCAAAUCAGGCAAAGAUUUCUGUCGAGACCAUGAAAGAGGUUAUGAAUGACAAGGCUUUGAAAACUAAGGGCGACAAGGAUCGUCGUUUGCGCGAAAAGAAACAGAACAACACGAAGAAAUUCAUGGAGGAACGAAAAACCGUGCAAAUUAAACAAGGUCGUGAAAAAGAAAAGCUCAAAGUCACUCACGAGAAGCAGGUGGCCAAUUUGGAUAAAGAUAUCGAUGCGGCCAUAGAAAUGUACAAAAACGAAUCGGUCGAAUAUGAUUUGUCAUCAAAAUCCGAAUUUUACGUAUAAUCUGAUAAAACGUACAUCGCUAAUUUCCUAUUGCUAAAUGUGAACACAUUUUGCAACACUUUGUACGAGAUAUGUUAAUGACUUUACUCUUGUGAUAUUAUUUUACUAUACCGUAUACUAAUUCUAAGCGAUACAAUCGCCUCGUAUAAUAUUCGUAACGCAUUUCAAUCGAUUUUAACUAAUUACAUAUAAAAUACGAACACAAUGAUUAUUAUAGACAGUGCACGAAUAAUAAUGAAUAAUAUAAAUUUAGAAAAGCAUA